AUGGCGGCGUUUGCGGAUUUGGAUCUGCGGGCGGGGUCCGACCUGAAGGCGCUGCGCGGGCUAGUGGAGAAUGCUGCUCACUUGGGCUAUUCAGUUGUUGCCAUCAAUCAUGUUGUUGAAUUUAAGGAAAAGAAACAGGAAAUUGAAAAACCAGUAGCUGUUUCUGAACUCUUUACAACUUUGCCAAUUGUACAGAGAGCAACUUCUUCAAGAGUCCGGCUGUAUGAUAUCGUUGCAGUUUUUCCAAAGACAGAAAAACUUUUUCAUGUUGCUUGUACACAUUUAGAUGUGGAUUUAGUCUGCGUAACUGUAACAGAGAAGCUACCAUUUUACUUCAAAAGACCCCCUAUUAAUGUGGCAAUUGACCGAGGUGUGGGCUUUGAACUUGUCUAUAGCCCCGCUAUCAAAGACUCCACAAUGAGAAGGUACACAAUUUCCAACGCCCUCAAUUUGAUGCAGGUCUGCAAAGGAAAGAAUGUAAUUAUAUCUAGUGCUGCUGAAAGGCCUUUAGAAAUAAGAGGCCCAUACGAUGUGGCAAACUUAGGGUUGCUGUUUGGGCUGUCGGAAAGUGACGCCAAGGCCGCAGUGUCCACCAACUGCCGAGCGGUGCUUCUGCACGGAGAAACUAGAAAAACUGCUUUUGGAAUUAUUUCCACGGUGAAGAAACCUCGGACAUCAGAAGUAGAUGAUGAUUCUCUUCCAGCCUGCAAGAAAGCCAAGUGUGAGAGCUGAAAUGAGUCCCCGUCUCUGUCAGCACUCCCUUCUGCCUUUUGAGAAUCCAUCAGCCGCAACAGAAACAGAACCUCGUAUGAUUCACUAUUUUCACUUGGAGCUAGAUACCGGUAGUCUAUAAAAGCAGUCUUAUAUUUAAGCCAUUAAAAUAGCAAAACCUAGUAAAGCAUUUAAAAAAAAAAAAAAAAGGCUGUCCCCGUAAAGAAUUUAGAUAUUUUAAGAGAAAAGCAAAGACUAGUUCAUUUAUCCUUUCCGUUAAGUGAUAAAUGGAAGGUAUAAUUGAAUACGAUGUUUCAAUAUUCAAGAGACUCUUUAAAAAUGUUUCUUGCUCAUUUAAAAGUUCAUGCUUUUCAGCUUUACUUGAUAUACAUGGCUUAUUUAAAUUUUACUACUCAAAAAGUGGUUAUUUUGAGGACUCUUAAAACUUAUGUUAAGGGGUUGGCUUUUAGUUGAUCUACUCUUGCUUUAAGCCUCUCUUUCAUUAUAAUCAUCAAGUCCAAGUCCUUUCUAAAAGGAAUUGCUAUAAAAUUUGCGGAAGGAAAGGAAAAGUGCAUGUAAAAUCACACCUGGCCUCUUCGUUUGCUGGUUCUUACCUCCGUGAUAUCCUUGAAAUAGGAUUCCUUUGAGUUGGAAGCCCCUGAAAACCUAAUAUUGAUUUUUCUAAUUGCUAUAGUAAAAAUCUCAAAGCACUGGACUCAAUCAACUUUGGAAAUGAUUUUUUUAAUAGCAGGAUCAUUGUAUUAAGUAGAAGUAGCCUUUUUUGUAAAUAUCUGCAUUUAUGCUAUAUUGAUGUUAAGAAAAUCAUUUAAAUGAAGAUAUGAACACUGUUCUGAGAGUCAGAGAAUAGAUAAUUUUAAAAAGAAAGCUUUACACCAAACUCACUUACGAAUUUAGAUCCUUAAAUUAGAUAUUGGUAAAACAGAGUAUACCAUAACCAGGUGAGAUUUAUUCUAGAAAUGUAAGGAUUUUUCAGUUCUUUUCAAUGUACUACGCUUUAUCAUAUUACUAGGUCAAAUGAGAAAAAUCAGAAUCAUCUUAAUAGAUGCCUGUAAGACAUUUGAUAAAAUUUAAAGUCCACUCCUGAUUUUUGAAAAAUAAACAAGAAUAAAAA